AUGAAGUUGCAUCAGCAGAGCAGCUUCUGAUCUGUGGAAAGUCACUCAGACGUGAUUGUGUGCAAACCCUCCCACCACCUUACUGCAACUCUAACCAGGAAGAUCAACGCAAGGCUCCACUCUACAGUUGUUGUAGCUUGUUUUGACUGCAGCCCUUUACCUCUCUGUGUCAUAACUCAUAAUUAUCUCUCUUGGCUACUCAGAGUCAAGUUCAGCGCAUGUAAACUAGACAGGCAUGGCCCCAUCUUUCCCAAUAAGAUAACUGCUUCAUCCACACGUUUCACAACAAGGAGGGAGCUUGUCUUAUCAACUUCAGGAGACAGAUGGUGCUCAGUGUGUGGAACAGAAGCUGAGACGAGGUAAAGAGGGACAGACUCCUUCUCCGUCAUGGGAUGCUGCAGUGUGACCCAGAGGCAUACUGGAGUGGACGAGGUGGGCCCUGAUGAGAUUGAGCUCCUGGAACUCUCUGGAGACAAUUUAGGUGUGUGGAGCCUGGGAGAAACCAGACUUCAGCUGUCUGUGAGGAACAGCAGAGACGAGCAGCCCCCGCCACCACGCAGACCUUCAAUACCACACCUGGAACAAGAGGUGGUGCUGUGGGGAAAGAGCAGAGAUGAGCUCCACCAAAGGAUAUACUCCCAACAGCCAAUCAGGGGCUGGGAGGGCCAAGCUGCCCACAUGUAUGGAGAGAUCAUCCACUCCUCACUGGUGUCUCUCUACAUCAGCUACACACAGGAAACCCGAGAACACUUCCUGGUUUUGUUCUCUUUCCACCUACUCAUCCUUUCUCUGGACCACUCUCGACAAGACUUUGUUUAUGAGGGCAUUCUUCCCCUUUCUGGACUUUCCUUCCAAGUCGUCUCUCUGGACUUGGACGCGUCACAUUCGCCACACAUGUUUGAAAUCAGCAGUCCAGUGAUGGACUCCAAGGUGUUCACAUGUGCCAGUGCGGCAGACCUACAGAAAUGGAUGCAGCACGCAGAAGACAGGAGAUACAAGGCCAUGAUGCAGCCCAUGAGUCCCUCCCACUGCGCUCUCUCCUAUCUAUUACCGUGUGAUGAGAACUGGAAAAGAGAAGAACUGAAAAAAUACUUACUACAAGCUCCAAUAUGGCAAUGGGAGGGCUCGCCCAUACAGCACAUGGGUCAGCCGAGCUACGUAUCUAUUGUCCACAUCAUCAACACACAGAGACAGGGUAUCCAAGAAAGACUGAUGGUUCUCUUCCCUCAAGACAUCGUGCUUCUAUCUGUUGACAACAACCGCCUGACUAUAAGAUAUGAGGGCAGGUUACCCCGACAAAGCGUCAAAGCAGUUGAGAGGUCAGCCUUGCCUGGACGGCUGGAGUUUGAACUGAUAGGUGAACUGGUGGAGCCGCUGCAGGUCUCUUGUACCUGCAUGGAGGAUUAUCAGAACUGGAUUUUUCAGUUACAACAGCCAGACAGAAGCAACCACGUUACUGUGAGUCAACCACCACCUCCACUAAUGCCAAAGCUGCAGAGGAACAGGAAGGAGUCCCAGGAACCAAUGCUAGCAGCCGACCCAUAUCACAUCAAUGGACGCGGCUGACUCCUCAGACGGGAGGAAGAGCCUCAAACGUCACUGUAAUCGUAAAUUUGAAACAUGUAGAUAAUUUGUACAUAUGUCUGAUAUGUGCCACAACAUGGAGGCAGAGCAGCGAAUACUUCUUGUUCUAAUUUUUGAUAUGUUUGGUUGAUUUUGUCACUGUGAACGGACAGAACACAGCACUUAAAGCCGUUUUUCAUGUUGGAGCGUAAACUAGUCUUUGACCCAGUUUAAGAGCAGAUCAGAGCUGAGGAAAUCUUAGAUUUAGAAACUGCAGAGUUUCAAAAAUAACUUAAAAAUAGGGGUGAAUAAACUGUAAAUACCUGUAUGUAACGUUGUUUUACCUUUUCAAAUUAAACUAUUUAAAAAUAAUUGAAUUCCAAACAACAUAAUGUAAGAAUCUGUUUAUUUCACAGACUAAACAUUUACAGUAAUGUGCAGAAAUCCAGAAAACGUCCAGUGUCUGACAGCGCUUGUAAUUACCGUGGUGUUGGGAAUGAAACCUACUCCAAAUAGCAUAUUUACACAAUAGUAUUUGUCAAAUCUUAGUUCAUAUAAAUUACGUUUUGCUCUUUAUACACAAAGCCAUUUUAUCGGAAAACACAUUUACAUCAGAAUCUCCUUAGAGAGGAACCAGCUAGAGGAGUAACUAUAAAUACACAUGCUGCAACUGCAACAGCUUAAAUUAAAACUAAGAAGUCAGAUAAGGAAAUCAGCUGGGUUACAAACAUUUCAUGUGCCGCUGGAUGAAUUUACACUGGAAUCUUAAUUAUAGUGGUUCAUUAACAACAGCUUUCAGCUCAGUCACACUGCGCUAUUGGUCAUUUGUGAAUUUUUACACAAAAUAUUUUGAAGGAUGGAGACCUAUAUGCAAGUUAGCGCUUACUGUAUGCAAGCAGUAUUUUUUCAGUAUUUCUAGAGUAAUGGUAUAAUAAAUUAUAUUGCUAAUUUGGGUCAAAAAAGUUUAAAUGAUUACAUGUAAAGCUAAACGUCCACAUUUACCACAUGGAUGGUUAAUGUAAAUGCUCGACAUGGUGAAACUGGUAGGUUUUUCAGUUCCUGGUUUUAUAGGUCAACAGCUGCUCGCUGCAGUUUUGACUUCAUGCAGA